GUUGAAUUGAGUAGAUCAAUGGGGGAGAAGGCCAGGUACAGUAUAAUUAUCCCAACAUACAACGAACGACUCAACAUCGCCCUCGUCAUUUUCCUCCUUUUCAAGCAUGUCAAGGAUGUCGACUUUGAAAUUAUAGUGGUGGAUGAUGGAAGUCCUGAUGGAACUCAAGACAUUGUUGAACAAUUGCAGCAGGUGUACGGGGAAGAUCGCAUUCUUUUGAGGUCUCGAUCUGCUAAGCUUGGUUUAGGUACUGCCUAUAUUCAUGGUUUGAAGUAUGCAUCUGGAGACUUUGUUGUCAUUAUGGAUGCUGAUCUAUCCCACCACCCUAAGUACCUGCCAAGAUUUAUAAAGAAACAAAUCGAGACGGGUGCCGAUAUCGUCACUGGGACCCGCUAUGUUAUGCCAGGUGGUGUUCAUGGGUGGAACCUAAUGCGCAAAUUGACAAGUAGAGGAGCAAAUGUCCUUGCACAGACACUUCUAUGGCCAGGAGUAUCAGACCUAACUGGAUCAUUUCGGCUCUACCGGAAGUCAGUGCUUAAAGACAUCAUAAGCUCGUGUGUCAGCAAAGGCUAUGUUUUUCAAAUGGAGAUGAUUGUCCGAGCUUCAAGAAAACAUUAUCAUAUUGAAGAGGUUCCCAUUACUUUUGUUGAUAGAGUAUUUGGGAGCUCCAAGUUGGGUGGUUCAGAAAUAGUUGAGUAUCUUAAGGGCCUUAUAUAUCUUCUGUUAACAACAUGACCAAAAGCUGGUCACUUUCUUUUGAGUUCUUAGUUGUUCCAAAACACUGGAUUUUUUUUAUAGAAAUAUUUGAAGUAGUUCUCAUAAAGUUCAGAGUAGUGGUUCUUCCCUAUUUACUGUCUAUGUGAUCAUAAAACUUCAUGAAAAAACUCUUUUAUUGCCAAAUUCUUGCUUGCUGCUUUCUCCCUGCAAGUGAAGUUGUGGGGUCAGAUAGUUCUGCAUUUACAUAUUGAAAUAUAUGCAUGAGAUGAUAGA